AUGCAAAAAGAGUUUACACCAGAUCAAGUCGAUUUACAGAAGAGUUCAUCGCACAUUAGGCAAAAAGAAUUUAUCACACAAUCAAGAUGGGUGGAGGAAAGAUGUGGAAAUCUACCACCGACUUCAAUUACAAAAAGUUCCUUUGCAAAAAGUUUGAUCUUGGCAUCCUUUGUACCGCAGAUUCCAGGGAACGGUGUUUUAUUUCUAAAUCUAAGGAAAAGUCUUGCAUCUUUGGUUCCGGCUUCGGUUGAUUGCCUGGAGCAGUAUGAGCAUGCCUUGUUGUAUAGCAACUCUGCCCCAACAGAAUUGAUUAUGAUGGGGAUAUAUGGAGAACUCGAGACCGACACAUUCAAUUCAUCCGAUCGCAUGUAG